AGAGACUCUUACUGCCGUGUAAACAUGUUUAUUUUUCACAUGGAUGUAACUUUAUUUGUCAGUUUGCAUGAAAUACAAAGUAGAGUUGAAGCUGAUGUGAUGAACUGAAAUUUGAACCCGAUAGUGGCGCUAAAUGAAAAGUUAAAAGAUCACCAAAGUUAUUCCGAUUCAUACUGAGAGGGACAAGAAAGUCUGAGUCAUGGCAAUUCAUCACUUCAACAGUUGUUGAUAAAAAAAAAUACAAAUGUCAAUGUUGCUCAAUGAAAAGUCAGUUCAUCAGUGAAGUCACAAGGGUUUAUCCUCCAGCAACCAUGAAAGUUUUUCUGGUACAGUAGAUGUAGGAGUCAGUUUUACUAUAUUUUCAGUUUUUUAAACUGGGUUUUAUCCUCACAGUCGUGUUUUUCUCACCAGGACAAACCUCCUGAAGCUUUUUAUGUUCCAUAAAUGUGAAAGGUCAGAGGACACUCUGAAGAAUCCUCCUCAAACUGCUGCAUGUUCAGUCUUGCAUGCAAAUCCACGACCAGUGUAAUGUUACUGUGAUGUAAUGGCUAGUGAAUGCAAAACACUAAUAAAAAAUGAAAAUAAACAUAACUGUUAAUAUAUAGACUCAAUUAUGUAAAUGAUGGAUUAUGUAUCAUAUCAGAGAGUCCUGACACAGGACUGACUGUUGACUUAUUACUGUGCCUGACACAAAUUCACACUUGUUAUUCUUCUUAUCUUACAUUUUACGUUUUUUCAGGACUACUACACAAAACAUUUAUCAAAAUGUCUCCAAAAAAAGAGCGGGAAAAUUUAACAUGGGCGCUUAUGGACGGAAUGUUCGGAAGCUAGAUCUCACCAUGAGUAAGGCGGGCGGUGAUGAAGGUGGUGACGGUGGCAGCGGUGAAACAUCCCAGCAGCCGGAGGAUAAAGUUCCAGCGGUGAGUAAACUGAGCGGCGCGGCCAUCGGACCGGGCUGGACAAAAGUUAGCUGCCCCUGCUGCGUGUCGGAGCGGGUCGAGCCGUUGGUGCUGGUGAAGCUCGGAGGGAAAGUUCGACCUGAGACGAAAAGGUGGCUCAUCAGACUGAUCGGAGCUCCUCAGAAAGAUGGAGGUGCUGCAUUACUGGCCCACCCGGGUGAGGACGCCAGUGGUGACAUCAUUGUGGUCUCGGCCCCGCGCUGUACGUUACUCAGAGCCACCGAGGAGCUCGGUCUGUGCAAGACUUACAGCAACGACAACAUGGAGGCCUUCUCCUACAACGACAGAGACAACUUUAAAGAUUCAGACAACAUGGAGGUGUUCCUGACUCUGGCCGAGCGGCAGUACAUAGUCAAGUACGAGCUGGACGGUCUGCGGGCUCAGAGAGACCUGAGGGUCCCCGGUCUGUCCGACAGCGACGCACUGCAACACCGAGACAACAUCUGGCAGAAGCUCGGGUCAGCCGGUGUCAUCGUGGACACGCUUCCCCUCCACGACCCGGACAAACUGAAGGAUCUCAGUGAAGCCUGGUACUCUGGGAACCAGCUGGCUCAGCCGCUGGAUUCAGUCAACGGGUACUUUGGAAGCUCGGUGGCGUUCUACUUCAGCUUCCUUGAUUUCUACACCUGGUCUCUGCUCCCACCAGCGAUACUAGGCCUCACCAUCGCAUACUUCUCAGGUGAGGUUCAGAAGGACAUGGACGAGUCCGUCUCAGGCUCUCAGGUUGAAGCUGUUGACUCUGACUCAGGACCAGCCGUCGGCGGUCACAUGAUCCAGGCGGUGUUCAGCAUGAUCUGGUCCACGGUGGUCAUGGAGAUGUGGAAGCGUCGGAGCGCCUCCCUUUCAUACCGCUGGGGCACCCUGCACCUCGCCGAGCGCUUCGCGGAGCCCCGACCCGGUUUCCACGGCGAAGUCGGGGUCAAUCCUGUGACGGGUCGCGUGGAGCCGCUCUUUCCUGAAUGGCAGAGGGAGCUACGUAUGGCGCUGGUGUCUGUGCCGGUGGUGGGGCUGUUCCUAGGGAUGGUGGUGCUGGGUAUGCUUUGUUUCUACUGGGGGGAGGCCCAGGUGAAGGAGCUGCACCAAGACUGGGACACCAUGCUGUCUCAGACUUUAAUCUACAUGCCCUCGGUGCUUCACAUCGUCUAUACGAACAUGUUAGCGACUGUUUACAAGAAAGUGGCACAAUCUCUGACUGAAUAUGAGAACCACAGAGAGGAGUCGGCCUUUCAGAACCACCUCACAGCCAAAGUCCUGGUGUUCACCUUCUUCAACUACUUUGCGGUGCUCUUCCACAUCGCCUUCUUCAAGCAGGAUGUGCCUUUACUUCGUAAGCGUUUAGCGUCUCUGCUGAUCGUGACCCAGCUGGUGAACCAGGUGACGGAGGUGGUCAUACCCUUCCUAGUGGACCGGUUCAUCAGCGCCCCCCACAGGACGGAGCAUAAGGACGACCCACAGGAGGACAAAUUUAGGAACCAAAGCACCCUGCCUGCUUUCCCCGGCUUGUUUGCAGAGUACAUCGAGCUCCUGGUGCAGUUUGGGUAUUUGAGUCUUUUCUCCUGCGUGUAUCCUCUCACGGCCGUUCUGCUGCUCAUCAACAACCUGACGGAGAUCCGGUCGGACGCCUACAAGAUGUGCAAGCUCUUCCGUAAACCCUUCUCCCCUCCCGUGGCUAACAUGGGCGUGUGGCAGAUCGCCUUCGAGGUCCUCAGCUUUGUCUCCGUCGUGUCCAACUGCUGGCUGCUGCUGCUGUCACCAUGGUUACAGGCGAGGUUUCAGGAGGGCGGGAUGAGCAGCACAAACAUCCUGCUGUUGGCCGUGUUGGUGGAGCACGUGCUGAUCUUAGUGAAGGUGAUCCUGGCGGUGCUGAUCCCAGACGAACCGGACUGGAUCCGUAAAAAGAGAGAGCAUAUCGAGUACACCUCGAUGCAGGCGCUGAGACAGCAGAAGCUGCAGCCUGAAGAGUCCUGAUGGCAUUUCACAGUGUUGGUAGAUGAAGAUACAGUACCAACCUCAGUGUUCAGUGGGCCCAGACGGAUCUCCAACCGGACCCGCGAUGCAUUCCUGCUGAGCUCCCGCUUUAUACUUUUAAAGUGUUUCUGCUGCUCUCACUAAUCAGCACGGUGCUUCCGCGAUGUCCGCACUUUGAAUUUGCACACUCAUGUUAAUAUAUCGGAACAGCAGCUAAGAAGUGUUUUUAUUCUCACAUAGCAGAAGGUGAAUGUAUGUCGUCUUCAUGACGGUUACUUGACGAAAUGUUCCUGAAUGUUUGAGCUCAGCAAGAGGACAGUGUCAUCACUGGAGCGAUCAGUUUCAGAGUGUAAUCGAGUAUUUGUUCUGAUUACAUUACUCAUGAUCCAAAAACUAGCGAGUCUUCUCCUCUGCCAUCAUGUCCAUAGAGGCUGCUGAGCCCAGUUACAUGAGCCUGUUUGCCCGGCUCCUGUUCUGGCACGCCGCCGGCUCUUCUGCCCCGUGGUUACUUCACUGUCCGUCAUAAACUCUGUAAAUCACAGAGAGUUGAGGCGGAGCAGCCGGAGGACAUCAGAGGGAAAACCAGAAAACAUUUCCUCCAUAAAAUAUGAUCCAGUUUCACCAGAAUCAGUGAAAUAGUUGCUGCUGUGUAAAUGUUUGAACACUUCCCGUGAUGAUCCUGUCCUCUCAUGUGACACCUCAGACAAGUUUGAUAUAUUUGCAGAGGAAACGACGAGGAGCUACCAAAGAACCGCUUCGUGCUUUGCUUUUAGAAAAGUUUUAUUUUUUUACAGUCGGUCUGUUUUUCAGCUUCACGUUCACGCCGAGCGUUAUUACACUGAAUCACUGUGUAACUUAUUUGUUUUUACAGCCACCAGGUGGCACUAUACACCUGACAUUAAUGAGGCCUAGUGGCUGCAGUGUGUGUGUGUGUGUGUGUGUGUGUGUGCGUUUGUGUGUGUGUGUGUGUGUGUGAUGAUCUGGAGUUUCGGGUGGUUGUCUGACAAUAAACUCCCAGA